UUUUGUAUACAUUUAGUAUAUGUUUAUAUAUUAUAUUUGCCAAGAAAUAUAUUAAAUUUAGUUUAUUCUCAGAUUUUAAAAGAAAUUGUUGCAAAUUCUAUAUUUUUAAUAAAAUAUUUUUUAGUCGAAAUGAUAAUAAGCAAAGGCGCUCAAUUACUAUUUACAAUUUUAUUGACGUUUAUAAGAGUAUCAAAAUCAAAUGAAAAUAUUAUCGACUCUAUAAUAGGAAGUCAAAUAUUUGCAAAAAAAUUUUAUAGUGAACUCAUAACACAACCAAAAUACAAUGGCAAAAGUUUGGUUUAUUCACCACUUUCUAUUGAAAUUGCUGGUGCAUUAUUAUAUGUUGGAGCUGAUGGUAAAACAGCUAGUGAAAUAUUAAAUGGUUUUAAUUUUAAAUUAAAAGACCCAAAGCAAUUGGGUCAAUAUUUUCAUGAAGCAGUAAAAAAAUUAAAUUUAGAAGAUAAAAUACUUAAUAUUGCCAAUAAAAUCUAUAUACAAAAUGAUUACACAAUUUCGCAUAAUUAUAAGGAUACAGCGGUAAGAAGUUUUCAUUCUGAUAUAGAAAAUAUUAAUUUUGGAAGAAGUAAUGAAGCUGCAAAUACUAUUAAUAACUGGGUCUGCGAUAAAACAAAUGAAAAGAUUAAAAAUUUAAUAGAACCUGAUUCGCUAAAUUCCAGUACCAAAUUUAUGUUACUAAAUACAAUUCACUUUAAAGGAAUUUGGAAAGAGCUUUUUAAUGUAAACCAUACAAAAAAACGUGAAUUUUAUGUAACACCUGAUGAAAUUAUAGAAGUCGAUACAAUGCAUAUUUUAUCCAACUUUAAUGUGACAUUUAUAAAUGAUAUUGGAUUAAAAGCCAUUGAUAUACCAUUUAAAAAUUCCAAUUUAUCAAUAUUUUUAGUUUCAUCGGCUUACAAAAAUGAAAGUUUAAAUAUACUUGAAAAUAAAUUAAAUUCAAUUGACUUAAAAAAAGAUUUAUUUGAUACAACACGUAACAUAAAAAUAAGUUUAUAUAUUCCAAAAUUCCAAAUCGAAACCGCCAUAGAUAUGGAAUCAACUUUUAAGAACUUAGGAAUGACAGAAAUGUUUAGUUCUGAAGCAAGCUUCAAAAAUUUAUUAGCAAAUUAUAACGAAAAGUUGAUAUUAUCAAAAGCAGUUCAUAAGGCCAUAAUUGAAGUUAAUGAAGAAGGUGCUGAAGCUUCAGCAGGAACAGCUCAUGGUUUCAUAAAAAAAAGCGGUCCAUUAAAUUUUCAUGUUAAUCAAUCAUUCAUGUAUUUCAUAAAAAGUUCAGAUGGUCAAAUUUAUUUUAUGGGACGAUUUACAGGAAUUUUUAUGUUAAACUUGAUAGCUAACAUCAAUCCUGAAUCGUAUUAUAGUUUUGUACCUUCAACAAGAUACGUUGAUUUUUUAAAAGAAAAUCAAAAUUUUACAGUUAAUUUUUACAGCCAAUUAAUAAGACCACAAUCCAAUCGAGGGAAAAGUUUAGUAUUCUCACCAUAUUCAAUUCAAAGUGCUGGAGCUGCAUUAUAUGCUGGUACUGAUGGUGACACCGCGGAAGAAAUCGAAGAAGGGCUACAUUUUCCCACUCAUGAUACAAACGUUUUAGGUGAUAUUUAUAAGCGAUUUGUUGAUAUAAUGCAAAAAAGUCCAAUGUUUAAAGGUGGCACUAAAAUUUAUGUACAAAAAAAUUAUUCUAUUGCACCAACAUUCCAAGAUAUUAUAACAAGAUUUUACAGUGCAGAAAUUGAAAGUAUCGAAUUUAAUGAAAAUUCUUUAAUAGCAGCUAAUUCAAUAAAUGAUUGGGUUGCAAGAAAAACAGAAGGAAAAAUUCAAAAUCUAGUAAAAACUGGGGAUUUAAAUGAACUAACUCGAUUAUUAUUACUAAACGUUGUUCAUUUUAAAGGUGAAUGGUUAAAAAAAUUUGACAAAGAUAAAACUAAAAAAGAAGAUUUUGUUAGUGAACCUGGUGAAAUUAUAAAGCUAGAUAUGAUGCAUGGAUUAAUUGAAUUCAAAUCAGCAAAUCAUAAAGAACUUAAUAUUAAAGUAGCAGAAUUAUAUUUUCAAGAAACUGAUAUUUCAUUAAUAAUAUUAUUGCCAUCAUCAUCAGAAAUUAGUUUAAAACAAAUUGAAGAUAAAUUAACACGAUUAUUAUUGAAGGAUUUGGUUUUUAAUAAAACUGGACGUAAAGAGACCAGACAUAUCAUAAUGCCUAAAUUUAAAAUUGAAUCCGAAAUUGACAUGGAACAAGUAUUUAAAAAUAUGGGUAUGGAUGACAUGUUCACAUCGGAUGCUAAUUUUUCGCUAUUAUUAAAUUCAACUGAUCCAAUUCAACUUUCAAAAGUUUUUCAUAAAUCUAUUUUGGAUGUUGAUGAGAAUGGUAUUGAAUCUGCUGCACCUACUAAUACUGAUAUAGAUGCUAAAGAAUUUGAAGAUGAACCGUUCAAAGUAAAUCAAUCGUUUUUGUAUUUUAUAAGAGGAAAAUUCGGUGAAAUAUAUUUUAUGGGACGUUUUACAGGGAAAUAGUGUGUAUUAUAAAAUUGAAAAAAAUAUAUCAUUUAAUUAAUUUUUUUUUCAUGUUCUAUUUAUGUGUAUUUAUGUCCAUGUAAUGUUAGAAUUAACUUUAAUUUUUAAUUAGUUCCCGUUCAUUAUAUUUGAAAAAGUAUAUUUUAACUCAAAAGACCAACACAUAUGUGAAAUUUUGUUCAUUAUUUAAUAAUUAUGAUGUUGUAUGUGAAUUAUUCUUAGGUAAUUAUUAGAAUAAAAAAAUAAAUUAAAAAAAUAUUUUAAAAAUUUACAAAAACGUUUAAGAAAAUAAAAAGUUAAAUGCAAAAUUCAUUGUAAUAUGUAGUUAAAUAUUUUGAAAAUGUGCCAAAUAAA